AUGUUAUCCAAAAUUUCUCCAAUCAACCCUGCCUCAAUUAGGAAAUAUGGGUCUUCCAUUUUUGGACUUUUAAAUAAAAGAAAUAUCAAUGCCUCCAUUUCAUACUUCACCACCCAUUCCAAAAGACCCGAAAAUCCAAGAGUAUUCAAGGACCCGUCUGAGGUAAAGCCAUACGUCCAGGGACUGAGAUACACCGAGUUCACAACAGAUUUGGAAAUGGUCACGGAUUCCCAAGUUAUGCCGAUCUUUCAAGUGAUGAAGACCGACGGAACCUUGCAUGAAGGACAUAAAUCACCCUUUGAAUCCGACGAAAAGGUCAAGGAAUACUUGCAGCUAAUGGUAAAACUAAAUGUGUGGGAUAACCUCUUUUAUAACAUCCAGAGACAAGGGAGGAUAUCAUUCUAUAUUCAAAACCAAGGAGAAGAAGCCACUCAAUUAGGUGCCGGAUUAGCACUAAAACCGCAGGACCACCUUUUCUGCCAAUACAGGGAAUUGGGUGUUAUUUACCUAAAGGGGUGCACUGAAGAUGAUGUUCUCGCACAACUCUUCUCAACAUACAAAGACGAGGGGAAGGGUAGGCAGAUGCCUAUUUCCUACUCAAAGAGGGAAGUAAACCUCCACACCAUCACCACUCCACUCUCCUCUCAAAUCCCACAAGCAUCUGGGUCAGGCUACGCCCUUAAAAUGCAAGGAGCUGACGCAGUAGCCAUGGUGUUUUUUGGAGAAGGAGCAGCUUCGGAAGGCGAUUGCCACGCAGCAAUGAAUUUUGCAGCAGUGCGCCAAUCUCAGACGAUCUUUGCAUGCCGAAAUAACUCAUACUCCAUUUCUACGCCAGUGAGAGACCAGUAUGUUGGAGAUGGUAUUGCAAUAAGAGGUGUUGCACUAGGGAUUCCCUCCAUCAGAGUUGACGGGAAUGAUCUUUUUGCUUCAUACAUGGCCAGCAAGUACUGCAGAGAGUACUGCGUCAAACAUUCUACUCCAAUAGUCAUCGAGUACAUGACAUACAGGGUUGGACACCACAGCACUUCAGAUGAAUCCUCGCAGUACAGAGGCAAGGGGGAGUUUGAAGCCUGGGCCACCGAUGGAGUUAACCCGAUAAAACGCCUCGGGUUAUACCUUGAGUCGAAGGGUAUGUGGUCGAAGGAGGAAGAAGCAGCACUGAGAAAGAGCGCAACAUCGUACAUGCUCAAAAAAAUCAAGGAAUACGAAAACACUAAGGCACUUGAGAUCCUCCCAGGCCUAUUUGAUGACGUGUACGAUGCCCCUCACCCUGACUUAAUGGCACAAAGGAAGGAGCUUAAGGAGCACUUGGAGAAGUAUAAGGACAAGUAUGAUCUUUCCAAGUACAGAGGGGUAGGGGAGUGA